AUGCAGCAGGGCAAGAGGAAGAGAUUUCUCUUUGUUAUGGUGGACGGAUUGGGAGAUGUGGGGAUCCCAGCACUGAACAAUCGCACCCCACUGCAGCACGCUGUGACUCCUGCCAUGGACGCCCUCGCCACAGCGGGUCGCAAUGGCUUGAUGGACCCCGUGGAGGUGGGCCUUGCAUGCGGCAGCGACACUGCUCAUCUGUCGAUCCUUGGCUACCCGCCACGCACGUACUAUCGAGGGCGUGGUGCAUUCGAGACCAUGGGUGCAGGCCUGCUCAUGAAGCCUGGCGAUAUCGCCUUCAAGUCCAACUUCGCGACGCUGGACCCGAAGACCAACAUCGUCGUCUCACGGAGGGCCGACCGCAACUUCGAAGACCUGGGUCCUCCCCUGUGCAGCUAUCUCAACCACCUGGAGAUUCCUGGCUUUCCCGAGUACCAGGUGGACUUCAAGUAUGCCACAGAGCACCGCGACCAGAUCUCGGGCACCGAUCCCCUGAAGGACAACCUUCCGUUGAUUGUGAACGCUCUCUCGGUUGCCAUCCACAACAAGCUGACCCAGCACCCCAUCAACGAAACUAGAGCGAAGGAGGGCAAGGAUUUGGCCAACCUGAUUCUUCUUCGAGGCUGUGGUGGUCUUUACGAUGUGGAGGCUUUUGAAAAGAGGCACGGCCUCAAGGCCUUCAUGGUAGCCCCUACGUGCAUCAUCAAGGGCCUCGGCAUGUCGCUGAGCAUCGGAGCAACGGGUGACUACCACACGGACCUACUGAGCAAGGGCCGGACCGGCGUACACACCCUCGUCACUCAGGACUACGACUUUGGUUUCGUCCACGUCAAGGCCGUCGAUGAUGCCGGUCACGACAGGAGCAUUAGUCGCAAGCUGGAGUUCCUUGGUAAGACCGACGAGAUGCUGAGCCUGAUUGUGGGCAAGCUCGUCGAGGAGGAGGCCAAGGGCGAGACCGAGUUCAGCGUGUGCCUCACUGGCGACCACUCCACCCCAGUCCUCUACGGCGACCACUCCUGCGAGCCCGUGCCGUUCGUCAUCGCCAGGGUCCGGGACGUGUGGCGCGUUCUUCAGGCCAAGCUCGCCGCCAGCCCCGGCGGCGAGACCCAGGCCGAGCAGGAGGCGCUCGCGCGGGUCAGCGGAAACGACGAAAGCGAUGGCAUUCCCCACUUCUCCGAGGUCGAUGCCGCCCGUGGUUCGCUCGGUCGAUUCCCCGGCAGCGAGGUCAUGCCCAUCAUCAAGAGCUACCUAGCCUGA